UUGAAACUACAAACAUCCACAGCAGUUUCAUGUGGUCAGAUUGGAUAUUCUGAAAGCCUGAGGUAGUUCAUCAUGAAACACACUGUGUAGAAUCUUUGAAGCAUAGAGAGCUCUGCCCAACACCUGGAUAAGGAAUCUCUCCUUUGGUCUGGAAGGCCUUUCUCACCUACACCAUGACAAACCAGGAGAAAUGGGCCCAUCUCAGCCCCUCAGAAUUUUCCCAACUUCAGAAAUAUGCUGAGUAUUCUACGAAGAAAUUAAAAGACGUUCUUGAAGAAUUCCAUGGUAAUGGCGUGCUUGCAAAGUAUAAUCCUGAAGGGAAACAAGACAUUCUUAACCAAACCAUAGAUUUUGAAGGCUUCAAGCUGUUCAUGAAGACCUUUCUGGAAGCUGAGCUCCCUGAUGAUUUCACUGCACACCUUUUUAUGUCAUUCAGCAACAAAUUCCCCCAUUCCAGCCCAAAUGUAAAGAGCAAGCCUGCUCUUCUUUCAGGUGGUCUGAGAAUGAAUAAGGGUGCCAUCACCCCUCCACGUUCUUCUCCAGCAAAUACGUGCUCCCCAGAAGUGAUCCACCUCAAGGACAUUGUCUGCUAUCUGUCUCUUCUGGAAAGAGGAAGACCCGAGGAUAAACUGGAGUUUAUGUUUCGGCUUUAUGACACAGAUGGGAACGGCUUCCUGGACAGCUCGGAAUUAGAAAAUAUCAUCAGUCAGAUGAUGCACGUGGCAGAGUACCUUGAAUGGGAUGUCACUGAACUUAAUCCGAUCCUCCAUGAAAUGAUGGAAGAAAUCGACUAUGACCGGGAUGGCACUGUAUCUCUGGAGGAGUGGAUUCAAGGAGGAAUGACCACUAUCCCUCUUCUUGUCCUCCUGGGUUUGGAAAAUAAUGUGAAGGAUGACGGACAGCAUGUGUGGCGACUCAAGCACUUUAACAAGCCGGCCUACUGCAAUCUCUGCCUGAACAUGCUGAUUGGCGUGGGGAAGCAGGGCCUCUGCUGCUCCUUCUGCAAGUACACAGUCCAUGAGCGCUGUGUGGCCAGAGCCCCUCCUUCCUGCAUCAAGACCUACGUGAAGUCCAAGAAGAACACGGAUGUCAUGCACCAUUAUUGGGUUGAAGGCAACUGCCCAACCAAGUGUGAUAAGUGCCACAAGACAGUGAAAUGUUACCAGGGCCUGACGGGGCUGCACUGCGUUUGGUGUCAGACCACACUGCACAACAAAUGUGCUUCUCAUCUGAGGCCUGAAUGUGACUGUGGACCCUUGAAGGACCAUAUUUUACCACCCACCACAAUCUGCCCGGUGGUACUGCAGACUAUGCCCACUGGAGGAGUUUCAGUUCCUGAGGAGAGACAGUCAACAGCUAAAAAGGAAAAAGGCAGCUCACAGCAGCCCAAUAAAGUGACAGAUAAGAACAAAAUGCAAAGAGCUAAUUCUGUUACUAUGGAUGGGCAAGGUUUGCAGAUCACUCCUGUUCCUGGCACUCAUCCACUUCUAGUUUUUGUCAAUCCCAAAAGUGGUGGAAAGCAAGGAGAACGAAUUUACAGAAAAUUCCAGUAUCUACUAAAUCCUCGUCAGGUUUACAGUCUUUCUGGAAACGGACCAAUGCCAGGGUUACACUUUUUCCGGGAUGUCCCUGACUUCAGAGUGUUAGCGUGCGGUGGAGAUGGGACAGUGGGCUGGAUUUUGGAUUGCAUAGAAAAAGCCAAUGUAGUCAAGCACCCUCCAGUUGCUAUUCUGCCUCUUGGGACUGGCAAUGACCUAGCAAGAUGCCUGCGGUGGGGUGGAGGCUAUGAAGGUGAAAAUCUGAUGAAAAUCCUAAAAGACAUUGAAAGCAGUACAGAAAUCAUGCUGGACAGAUGGAAGUUUGAAGUCAUACCCAAUGACAAAGAUGAGAAAGGAGAUCCUGUGCCUUACAGCAUCAUCAAUAAUUACUUUUCCAUUGGAGUGGAUGCUUCCAUUGCACACAGAUUCCAUAUCAUGAGAGAAAAGCACCCAGAGAAAUUCAACAGCCGAAUGAAGAACAAAUUUUGGUAUUUUGAGUUUGGCACAUCUGAAACCUUCUCAGCCACCUGCAAGAAGCUACAUGAAUCUGUAGAAAUAGAAUGUGAUGGAGUACAGAUAGAUUUAAUAAACAUCUCUCUGGAAGGAAUUGCAAUUUUGAAUAUACCAAGCAUGCAUGGAGGAUCUAAUCUUUGGGGAGAAUCUAAAAAAAAAAGAAGCCAUCGAAGGAUAGAGAAAAAAGGCUCUGACAAAAGACCCACGCUCACAGACGCCAAAGAGCUGAAGUUUGCAAGUCAAGAUCUGAGUGACCAGCUGCUCGAGGUUGUUGGCUUGGAAGGAGCAAUGGAAAUGGGCCAAAUAUACACGGGGCUGAAAAGUGCUGGCCGGCGGCUGGCUCAGUGCUCCUCUGUGGUUAUCAGGACAAGCAAGUCACUGCCAAUGCAGAUUGAUGGAGAGCCAUGGAUGCAGACCCCAUGCACGAUAAAAAUUACACACAAGAACCAAGCCCCAAUGCUGAUGGGCCCUCCCCCCAAAACUGGGUUAUUCUGUUCACUCAUCAAAAGAACAAGAAACCGAAGCAAGGAGUGACCCUGUCAGGAGAAAUUUCAAUAGGAUGUGCCAUGGAACACUUUGAACGAUUUCAAGUCUCCUGCUCUGACAGAAUCAUGGAAUUAACAGUUUUUGUUAUUGGGUUGAUGUAAAAUUUGGCUAUUAGGAAAUUUAUCGUCUCUGUUUUUAUAGGCAUCUUUGCAUGAAAAAAGUAGACGUUUAUAUGAUGUGAUACUGCAGAUUUCAGUUGCAUGCAUUCCCCUAGGUUUUUCUGUCUCCCACACACGUCUUACCCCAUCUCCAUUUACAAACUGUGAGGAAAAACCUGUGAAAGAGCAAGGAACUCUGAUGGGAAAUGAUUCUUGACGUAAUUGCUAUUGUUGGCAAGCACUAAUAAGUAAGGCUGCAAUGAUCCAGAGUGCAAACUGCCAUCCUUUGCCCUGCUAGAAUCAGUGUAUCCAUGGUAUUAGACCUGUGUCUCAAGGAGGAGCUGAAAUCAAAGAUUUUAUUAAGUAGUUGCCUCUGAUACCAUGCUAUAUCUAAAUAGUCUUUCUUCAACAUCUUUACUCUUCUGAAUGGACAUUAAAAUAUCAGGCAUAAGAUUUUUCUUGUGCUAAAAAAUAGAAAAUGUUUUUUGUUUAGCUUUGUUUUCAAUUAAAAAAAUGAGUGAAAAUAUGUUACUGGCAGUAAUUGUGAUAAUAUAAAGAGCCUUAGUCCUUUCUGCAUGAGAAUGUAGACACAGAUGUAUAAUCACACUAGUAGCCAAAUAGAUGUUUUAAACUAUGUGCCUAAUGAAUCUGUUUCCCACCAAAGAAUCAGAAAAUUAUAGUUCUUAUGAGUUUGUGAAAAGCAAAAUGUUGGAACAGAGUGAGUUACCCACUUGUUGUAUUAAAAUGCUCACUAUUCAAAAACAGUAAAUCAUGCAACACGAUCAAAGCUCAACAGCCAAUUUCGUGGCCCUUGGGUCCCUCUACCAUAUAUGACUAAUUCUUAAUGGCUAUUUUAAGAAUACUUCAAGAAGGCGAAUGACUGCAUUGGUUCCCUUCUAGGGUAAAUUGGUACCUGCAAUAAUAUUGAGCUCAUCAAAGCAAAUCAUGCAUGCAAUUAGCCCCUUACUGCCCAUUCAUUCCAGCCCCAUAUCUAUGACAUUUCAAAUGUUUGGGAAUAUAGAAUGGCCUAGAUCACUGUUUAAGGUGUUCGUGGCAUGGUUUGCAUCUUUGGUUGUUUAAAGAAAUUGUGGAACUAUUACUUUUCAUUGUGUUUCUUUGAGGCUAUCAUAUGAAAUGAAAUACUUCUGAGCAGCCUCAGUGUAGUUCAGUCAUACUGACCUGAAUCUCAUCACUGCAAGUUUUAUGUUUUCAAACACGCUAGCAGGAAAACGUGUGCUUGAAAUGCAUGAUUUAUCAGCUUUCCUCUCUGCUCUGCAUUAAAGUGCUAAUGAUUUAUCAGUUCUAUUUUUCUAUUGAUUCAUUCAUCUUUGAAUAACAAAUAGCAGUUAGUGAUUCUGUUGAAUACAACCCUGUGCAUGGAUUUAUUGAUUUCAAGUGAAAUUGCUGUAAUUUUAGUUCUUUGGUUUGAAAACUCAAGUGAAUGCUGUUGUAUCAAAUAGCUGCUCUCAAGCAAUGUCUGUAAUGGAAGAUUAUGUAUAAAGUGUAUUCCUUUAGUAUUCCAGGAACAUGGGAUGCUAAACACCAAUCAACAAUAACUUUAAUUGCUUUAAAAAUAAAAGCUUUUGAAUAGAAUUCAGACAUAAUUUAGCUUUCCCAGGAAAAUUAUGAUUAAAAUUACAAAUCAAGUACAGCAAUCAGUUGUCCUAGCAUAGUAAUAAUAAAGUAGUUAUUCAGCAGAACAGUAAUCUAGACCAAAAUAACACUCCACACAACCAGAAAAGCAUCACCAACAUAAUGUCCCUUACCACACCCACUGCUGUUGUCCAUCUAUGAUUACAGGUGAUAAAUAUUUUUACACAAAUUGUUGAGUUUUUCUAUAAAUGGGGCAGGCAGACCUUGUGUCAAAAUACUACUCUGAAUCCACAAAUUAUUUUAUGUUCAGGAGGACACCUGGGCAGGAGCAGUUUCUCAGUCAUUUGCAGCAUUUUUGCACUGGGAAAUGAUUGUAGAAAAUGAAAGAGCUGGCCUGUAUGAUUUCAGGAACAGAACUAGUGGGCUCUGCUGCAGGAUCACAGCCUGUGCUAAGAGGCACUACAUUUCAGUCCAUUGGAUUCAUGGGUAACACUAAUAAAUCUUCAAAAAGAAAUCAAAUUUGACUUUUCUAAACUCAUUUUUUUUUAAGAUAAAUGAUGUGCUUGCCCUUUGAGUACACUACUCCUGGGGUUUGGAAAGUAGUUUUUUAAAAAUCUACUUUGAUGAUUUUGAAAUAAGAGAAGAUAUUCUCUUCUUUUUUAUGACAGCUUCAUGUGAAGAAUAUAUAUUUUAAGGAAAAUUCUAAAUGGAGAGUUCUAUGGCAUAUUAAAAUACUGAAUAAUGAAUGUUAGCUUUACAAAAUGGAAACUUUUCUUCCAGGCGUGUGGGUGUUGGAGGUGUUGAGUCAACCUCUUUUAGCUAGAGUAGGCAUACUAGUGAUAGAGUUUUAAGUGAAGGGGUGUGAAAAUGAAUACUGCCCUAACUUACAAGGGUCAGGAUUUUGAGGAUGGAGUUUCAUACCCUGCUACACACUGCCAUAUACUAAAUUGUUAAUGAGAGAAGACAGAUGCCAGAAUUAACCUAAAGCGCACACUUUCGGGAAACAGGAAGGAUGAUAUCUCAGUGGAACUAGAAUUUCAAAGGUCAUGUGUGUAUUUUCUCACUUCUGACCAUGUGCAUAUUAUCUGUAAUUGAUGUGGAAAGUGAUGAUCAGGAUUUUGUAAUAGAAGGGAAAAUCUUUUUACUUUGAAUGGGUCAUGUGCCUGUAUUCAUUCUAGAUGUAACUGAUCAGGUGUUCAGUCCAGACAAUCUCCUGAACGUAAAAAAGUGAGUACCAAGGAGUCAUGCACACAUUCCACAGAUUGUCCAGUUGUCUGCUUUUAGGGGCUGGAGGCAAGUACAGUUUUCAGGGCAGAAUCUGUUUGAGUCUGAGACUGUCUAUGCUACUCAAGCAAGAUCGGACUUUUCAAUGGUCCCUUUCCUUUUUCUGUUAGUGUUAGCUGGUUUUCUGUUUGUUUUGAAAAGAAAAGUAUACUGUUUAUGGUACAGAUAACCCUCGAAGAAUUACUCAAUGCAUAACUUAUAUUUCACAUUAAAAGGUAAAGCCCUUUAAAGUAUAUUGAGGCUGUGGAAUUUAAUAAAAACGAAUAAAUAAAUCUCAUAAAAGCCUUUCAUUCUGUGAAAGACAGAAAUCAGACCCUUAAACCAGCCAAUUGAACUGCAUUGUGUUUAAAGGUUUGAGGAAAUUCUCAUUUGAAUCUUUCUAUA